UGAUUAAUAUCGAACUAUCCUAUCCAAAAAAUCAUCAAAGAGAUCUCUAUCAACCUCCAUUUGAAGCUCUGAUCUCUUUCUUUUUUUUCCCUCUAAAUCUCUCCUAACAGAUUCCAAAUCUUUGCACUUUGCUCUGUCGGAAUCCAUGGAUAUCGCUUCUUCAUCUCUCUGUCAAGCUCACAAGAUCUCUCUCACGCGUUGUCAACCUUCUUCCCCGGUCAACUCCUGCUCCCUCACCUUUACCGGAUUCUCGCUUCCGCAGAUCAGCGCUCCUUCUCUAGCUAAAUGUCGUCGAAAAGGCACCUCUUCAGGCUUUGUAAGAGCUUGUGUUGCUGUUGAACAGAAAACUCGAACUGCUAUCAUCAGAAUUGGCACAAGGGGAAGUCCUCUAGCACUUGCACAAGCAUACGAGACACGAGCCAAGCUCCAGGCAAUACACCCAGAGCUCACUGAAGACGGAGCCAUCCACAUCGAGAUCAUCAAAACCACCGGUGACAAGAUUCUCUCCCAGCCGCUUGCUGACAUUGGUGGGAAAGGUCUUUUCACCAAAGAGAUAGACGAGGCCUUAAUCAACGGCCAUAUAGACAUAGCAGUCCAUUCCAUGAAAGAUGUCCCCACUUAUCUCCCCGAGAAAACGGUCUUGCCUUGUAACCUUGUGCGUGAGGAUGUCAGAGAUGCUUUUAUCUGUCUCACUGCUGCCUCCUUAGCCGAUCUUCCAGGGGGAAGCGUUGUGGGAACUGCUUCUCUCAGGAGAAAGUCGCAGAUACUCCACAAGUAUCCUUCAUUAGCUGUUGAGGAAAACUUUAGGGGUAAUGUGCAGACGAGGCUAUCUAAGCUUCAAGGAGGAAAAGUACAUGCUACUCUAUUAGCACUAGCUGGUCUUAAGAGACUAAGCAUGACAGAGAACGUUGCAUCUGUACUAUCUCUCGAUGAAAUGCUUCCAGCUGUUGCUCAAGGAGCUAUUGGAAUUGCCUGCAGAACUGAUGAUGAUAAAAUGGCAAAUUACUUAGCUUCAUUGAACCAUGAGGAAACAAGGCUAGCGGUUGCGUGCGAGAGAGCCUUUCUUGAAACGCUGGAUGGCUCAUGUCGUACUCCUAUUGCUGGAUACGCGGCCAAGGACGAAGAAGGCAACUGCUAUUUCAGAGGAUUGGUUGCAUCACCUGACGGUACUCGAGUUCUUGAGACGUCAAGAAAAGGUCCUUACGUGUUUGAGGACAUGGUGAAGAUGGGAAAAGACGCUGGGCAAGAACUGCUCUCUCGUGCUGGUCCAGGCUUCUUCGGCAACUAAGCCAGUCAAAGAAGAGGAAGAAGGGCUGUGACAUGGACAGAGUCUAGGCUAGAGGAGCUUUCCAACAUCAUAGAUCCCUUUUCUUCUGCUUCCUAAAUCUGUUGUAACUUUUUUGAUUUAGAGAGAAAGAUAACCUUCUUGUAUUGAUUGUUUUUUUUGUAUGCUCAUUAUAAUUAAAAAAAUUAUUACAUUCACCAUCACAA